GGACUUUAAUGAUCUUAAGAAUCACAGUACAUCAGAUAUUACGUAACUGCAGACUGGGGAUUAAAUAUACACUUCAUUUUGCCAGGCAGAGAGAGCAUCCGUUACUUGGCAGAGAACUGAUAGGGCCUGUUAGUUGUCACAGGGCGGGGUUAUUGUGACUGACUGGCCUUUGGACGACCCGUGUGAGGCAGGCAGUAGACUGUGAAGCGUCAGAAAGAGGGGCGGGGCAGGUGUUCACACUGUUUUUGCAAUGGAGGACUCAAUCGAGCUGAUCAUUGAGGACUACGGUGGGGUCUUUCCCACCAGCAGACCCCAUCCCAUCGUGUCGGCCUGCACAGGCGCCAUGCUCACAGGUCUUUAUGGAUUAUGGAGCGUUUUCACUAUGCCUGGCUUCCGCAAAAUCCCACGGCAUCUUAAGGUCCCAUAUUUGCCCUCCAGUAAAGACCAAACACAGAACGUUAUGAAGCUGCUCCAGGGGAGAAGAGGUCGCUUAGCAGAUCUUGGAGCUGGAGAUGGAAGAUUGGUAUUUGCAGCCUCUUCCGCUGGUUUUCAGUGCACAGGGUUUGAGAUCAACUCAAUUCUAGUGGCUUAUGCAAGGAGCAAAGCCUAUUGGAGAAGAAUCCCCUCCAGCCAAGUAACCUUUGUUAAGAAGGACUUCUGGAAGGCCGAUUUGUCUUUGUACAACAAUGUGACAGCCUUCCUUGUUCCAGGAGUGAUCGAAGUGCUGGGAGAGAAGCUACUGAAGGAGCUUCCUCAAGAUGCGCUGGUCAUUUCUUGCCGUUUUCCUUUCCCUAACUGGCCCCAAAAGUCAGCUGCCGGCUCUGGACUUGACCAGACGUUUGCUUAUGAGAUCAACUCUGUGCGCUCACACUUGAGAAAGACGGAGAUGAAAUGGGUUGAAUACUGUGGCUGACAUUUAGUCAGUGUUUUUUGUUGUUCUUGUUGUUUUUUAAUGAAGAAUGCUGAAUAUUAUGAUUUAUUUGUUGUUCAGUUUCUCAUAAAAGAUUUAACUUAUUUUACUCUGUUGAUGAUUUGUGAAAAUCUGGAAAGAUCUUUUUUACAUUAGAUAACACUUUUAACUAAUUUGAAAAUUAUAAGUUUUGCACAGGCAACGCUGAUUAUCUGUGCACCACACUGUCUAAAUAUUAAUAAAACAAGUUCAUAAAUGU